UUUUUUCCACUCUUUCAAAAAUCUUGCAAGCUUUUUCCUCUCAAGAAGUCUCUCAUUCUCCUUCUUCACUUAAACCAGAGGUACAGAAAGAGAGAGAGAGAGAGAGAGAGAAAUAGUUAAAAGGUAAGUAAAAAAUCAGAGAGUUUUCUCAAUCGAUGUCAGCUUCAGUGGCUGCAACAUCAACAACAACAGAUACAACGUUUAUAAAGUGCGUCACUGUUGGCGAUGGAGCUGUGGGCAAAACUUGUCUUCUUAUCUCCUACACCAGCAACACUUUUCCCACUGAUUAUGUUCCAACAGUGUUCGACAAUUUCAGUGCAAAUGUUUUAGUCGAUGGCAAAACUGUCAAUCUUGGUCUCUGGGAUACUGCUGAAUGUAAAGACGGUGUUUGAUGCGGCAAUAAAAGUAGUCUUACAGCCUCCUUCAAAGACUAAGAAGCAAAAGAGAAAGAUUGGGUUCUGCCAUGUUCUUUGAUCAGUUACUCAAAAAUCUAUGGUCUUUGCUUUCUUUUAAAUUUUUCUAGUGUGUUUCUUCUACGAUCAACCAUUACGAGAAUUUGAUCUUGUAGUAGAGAGUGUAUUAACAGUGUUUUUUUAAGCUAAAGUGGUUAAGUCUUUUNUUUUUUUUU